CCAUCGCAGCCCGGCGGGCUCACAGCGGCGGGCAUGCGGAAGCAGCUCGACGCGUCGCUGGCUGCGAUUGGCGUGGAGUCGCUAGCAGAGUACUACCUUCACCAGCCCGACACGGAGGCGGCGCUCCUCGAGUCGCUGCGCGAGGCGCACACGAUGGUGCAGGAGGGGCGGGUGUGCGCCGUCGGCAUGUCUAACUACCACGCGUCCGAGGUUGCGCGCGCCUUUGCGCUGUGCGCCGAGCACGGGCUGACCAAGCCGAGCGUGUACCAAGGGCUGUACAACCCUCUCAACCGCGCGGUUGAGUUGGAGCUGCUGCCGCUGCUGCGCGAGCACGGCUGCUCCUUCGUCGCAUUCAACCCGCUCGCGGCGGGUCUGUUGAGCGGCGCGCACAAGCGAGGCGGCGACGUGCCCGCGGGCCGCUUCAAGAACAAUCCAAACUACCUGCCCCGCUUCUACACGCCGCCCAACUUUGACGCGCUAGCCGCCAUCGAGGCGGCUUGCGGCGAGGCGGGCUUGCCGCUGCUGCAGGCGACGUUUUGCUGGCUGUUGCGCCACUCUGCGCUGGCCCAGACGGACGGGCUGCUGAUCGGCGCCUCCUCGCUCGCCCAGCUGGAGGCGAACCUCGAGGCGUGCGAGAUGGCCAAGGCCGCCGAGCUUCCCCCGCCAGUGCGCGCCGCUUUUGACGCGGCGUGGGAGCUGACUCGCGGGAGCGCCUUUUGCUACUGGCGGUCGUACAGCGCGGACAUGCCCGGCCGCGAGGGCUUGGACCAGGGAGCGAGCUACACGGCGCAUGGGCCCAAGUAGCGCCGGGGCCAGAAACGCCCUGGCGAAGCAGCUGCUGCGUUUAUAACCACACGAUCAAUCAAAA